AUGCAUACUGAUGAGGAUUCCAGUAGGCCGCGGGAUGCCCCUUCUGAGUCCGCUCCAGUUAGGCGUUCUAAUUUCAGACCGUUUCACUGGCAGCGGGCUUCCAAGGUGUGGGAAGAUCGGUUUCUCGGAAGUCUCCAGUCCAACCACUUCCACAAUCGCCACACAGCCGCACACACCAUUGGAAAAAGGCACAGCUUUGCUGGUCAGCACUUCCCCUCCAGGUUUACCAGUUUCGAAUCAAUCCCGAAUAACCUAGUCAAGUCAAAAUCCCAAGUUGGCAGCAGUAUGAACAGCAUAAAGGAGCACCUCUUCAGCAUGAUUGCACCCGACUCAAAUAAGCUUAGCCUGAAAUUCUUCGGAACAAAACAAGCCGUGCACUGGGAGCAGAGGAGAAUGCUUAACCAACACGUGUGGGUUAUACAUCCGUAUAGUCGUUUCAAGAUUUACUGGAAUAUAACAAUGCUUGUUUUGUUGAUGUCAAAUCUAGUCAGCCUGCCAAUAGCGAUCGCCUUCAACCUACGGUACAGGAGCCCAGUAUGGCUGUGCUACAGCUGCUGUUCGGAUUUUCUUUUUAUCAUUGACAUUAUGGUAAACUUCAGAACAGGUUUUGUAAGAGAAAGCAUGGCGGAUGACAUUGUCUUGGAACCGAAGUUAAUUGUGCGAGAGUAUCUACGCAAGUGGUUCAUCUUGGACUUUGUAUCUGCCUUGCCUCUUGAUUAUGUUCUACUAGCUUUUGAUAAAGGCACGGAACAAAUCGCACAAGCAGGCCAAGCACUGAAGAUUCUCAGACUGGCAAAGCUGCUGAGUCUUUUGCGUCUUUUUCGGCUUUCUCGACUCCUGCGAUAUGUCGGUGAAUGGGAGAAGCUAGAGCAACGCCUAACCUGCAAAGUAGCUUCUUCUUCGCAUGCUUUUCAGUUCAUGAAUAUUGCCGGCAAAUUUAUCGGGAUUCUGAAGUUGAUUCUGCUGAUGCUGCUUCUGGGUCAUUGGAACGCCUGUUUACAAUUUUUCAUCCCAAGUCUAAUGGAUUUUCCCAUAGACAGCUGGGUGACCAAAUGCCGACUGCAGGUCAGUCUUUCAAUUAAUGCCUACGUGCUUAUUCUUUGCCUCGGUAAGUACACACGAGAUUAG